AUGGGUUUAGAGAGGUUUUGUGAGUUUAUUGGGAGGUCUGGGAAGAAAAUAGAGCAUUAUAGUAAAUUCAUCCCUGUUUCACUUAGUCUGAAGCAUCUUCUACAUUUCGGUGAAAGUGCACCAGCCUCAAAAUCAUUUGAAUUUUUGAAAUAUGAGCUCCCAGUGCGUCUUGCUAAUAUCAUGCAAGAAUGCCGACUUCUCCCUAUCGUACUGAGGGAGUCAAGAUCAUUUCAGCAGAUAUGUUCGCUAUAUGAAGAGACAUUUGACACCCUUAUGAAAUAUGAAGAAUGUGCAUCGAAGUCUCCAUCUGCUGUUUCUGCAUUUACGGAUGAUAUGGACAGCAUACUGAGGAAACACUCGAGGGUUGUUGAAAUUUUGGCACUGGGGAUUAAAGAAAUUCAGAAUAGUAGCUGCUGGUCAGUGGAUCAGGAAUUGCAACUGCAAUAUUUUCUGGAUCGCUUCUACGUGAAUAGGAUUGGAAUACGUACUCUACUGAAUCAGCACGUUCUACUUUAUGGACCUUCAUUUGGCAAUAUACAAUCUCAUAUUGGAAACAUCGAUCCAGAUUGUAGUCCAGUUCAGAUUGCAAUUAAUGCAUAUAGUUACUCGAGAUUAUUAUGUAUGCAGGUGUAUGGUCGUGCACCUGGCUGUGAUAUCGAAAUUCAUGAUUGUGUAGAUAAAGACUGUGCUACGGGUGGUGGUUUUAACGAAAUUGAUUUUUGUGUCGAUGCAACUGGCCAUCCAUCCACCAGGUCAUAUCUUUUGGAGAAUCAACCGGACUGUACAGAUAUAUCUGUCAAGGGCAAAGAUGUGACAUUUUGUUAUAUACCUGGUCAUUUAUUUUAUAUUUUAUAUGAAUUAUUGAAAAAUUCAAUGAGAGCUGUUGUUGAGAAUCACACUCUUGAUGAUAAUUUACCGAGAUUACACAUCCUUAUAUCCAAUGCACCUGAAGAUAUUAUUAUCAAGAUUACAGAUUUCGGUGGAGGAAUGACACUGAAUAUGGUUGAAAGAACUUUCGGUUAUAAUUUUACAACAGCUAUUCAUUCUACAAAUUUAUAUUCAAAUGUUUUAAAUCUUGAAGAGAAUUAUUCGUCAGUUCCAAAUGUUAGUCAAAUCACACCAAAUAAUCGAAUGACGUAUGAAGUACAAUCAGAGCGUAGUACUUGUACACCGAUAGCUGGUAGAGGACAUGGUUUACCAUUGAGUAGACUAUAUGCUAAAUAUUUAGGCGGUAAUCUGAAUCUUUUCUCUGUUGAAGGUGUAGGCACAUCAGCGUUGAUCCACCUGAAACGAAAACCUGAAGAUGCACAUGAACUUAUUCCAAUAUUUAAUCAUACUACCAAGUCAUUUUAUGAAAAUAACAAUAUGGAACGUGAUUGGAUUUCAAGUUCACAGUUUGGUAUACAUUCUACUAAAACUUUACGUGAAUCUUGUAUCAUAUCUCCUUGAUGAAUAUAGAUAGAACAAGUUUCUUUUUGUUUUCCUAUUCUGCAUGAUCUCACUUUUGUUCAUCUAUCGAUUUAUGCUACAGAAGCAUAUUCAUCACUUACUUUAUUCUCCUUUUUGGUUUUAUAAUAUAAGUGUGUAUAGCAAAAUUAAAUAAAACCAAGUCUUUCAUAUACAAACACUGUAUUUCAAAUGUCUUACCGUCUUUAUUACUUCACAACUAUACUUUUAUUCAAAGAAGUAAACCUUUCUCUUCUGCAUUAAUACAUCGAAUAUGGCAAAAUUGCAAAAAAAAACGGAAUAGACAAACGGAGAAAAAGGAAGGUUGAGAUGUGUAAGCUGUCUCUCAUUCUUAAUUGUACCUAUGUGUGAAUAAACCUCAAUGCAUUUCUCGGCUUUUUUUCUUUCUUUUUUUACUGUCACUUCCUUCUUCUUUGUAAGAAUUUGUUUGUGAGUUUUAUUUUGUGAAAUAAAAAUAAUGAAUUUUUUCUGGUCGUGAAAGUAUAUCUCUGCA